AUGGCGUCGCUCGCAGAUCAGCUGGACAUCGUGAUCCCCACGAUCCGCAACCUCGACUUUCUGGAGCAAUGGCGGCCGUUCUUCCAGCCAUACCAUCUCAUCGUGAUACAGGACGGCGACCCGACGCGGGCAGUGCGCGUGCCAGAGGGCUUUGAUUAUGAGCUGUACAACAGGAAUGAUAUCGAGCGGCUGCUCGGCGACAAGGCGUGGUGUAUCAGCUUCAAAGACAGCGCCUGCCGCUGCUUCGGCUUCCUGGUAUCCAAGAAGCGAUACAUCUUCACUAUCGACGACGACUGCUUCGUGGCCAAGAACCCGAAGGGGGAGGACAUCAACGCGCUGCAGCAGCACAUCCAGAACCUGCUGACGCCCUCGACGCCGUACUUCUUCAACACGCUGUACGACCCAUACCGCGACGGCGCCGAUUUUGUGCGGGGCUACCCCUUCAGCCUGCGUGAGGGUGUGCCCACCGCCAUCAGCCACGGCCUCUGGCUCAACAUACCGGACUACGACGCGCCCACACAGAUGGUCAAGCCCCUGGAGCGCAACACGCGAUACGUUGACGCGGUGAUGACUGUGCCCAAGAACGUGCUGUACCCGAUGUGCGGCAUGAACCUGGCGUUUGACCGCAGCCUCAUAGGGCCGGCCAUGUACUUUGGGCUGCAGGGGGAGGGGCAGCCCAUAGGCCGCUACGACGACAUGUGGGCGGGGUGGUGCACCAAGGUGGUCUGCGACCACCUGGGGCUGGGCGUGAAGACGGGCCUGCCGUACAUAUUCCACAGCAAGGCCUCAAACCCCUUCACCAACUUGCGGAAAGAGUACAAGGGCAUCUUCUGGCAGGAGGAGAUCAUCCCGUUCUUCCAGAGCCUGGAGCUCAGCAAGGAGUGCACCACAGCGGCAGACUGCUACCUGGAGAUCAGCGAAAAGGUGCGCGCGGGCCUCACGCUGGACCCCUACUUUGUGAAGCUGGCGGACGCCAUGGUCGUGUGGGUGCAGUGCUGGCAGCAGUUCAACGGCGGCCCGGGGCCCAAGCCCGACGGCCGGUCCUGA